AUGGGCAGCAUCAAUUCUCUCCAACAUUUCUAUAUCAUUAAUUGUCAUUCUCUCAAGUCCUUUCCUGAAGACUAUACACCCACUGACUUGAAAACCCUUUAUAUCCGUAACUGCAAGAAAUUAGAAUUUAUCAAACCUGCAGAGAAGAGACACCGGUAUGCAUUUCUUGAAAAUUUGUGCAUAGGGAAUAGCUGUGAUUCCUUGACAUCCCUGUCAUUGUACUUGAUCCCGAAGCUCAGAUUUCUUUCUAUCUGGGAUUGUGCAAAUCUGGAAUCACUUUUAAAGCCAGAGGGAAUUCAAGAACAUCUCACAUCUCUUGAGGCCUUGGAGAUCAGGGAUUGUCCUAGCCUGGUAUAUUUUCCAAAAGGAGGAUUGCCUACCCCCAACCUGACUUCCAUUUGGUUAUCCAAUUGCAAGAAUCUCAAGAGCCUACCUGAUCAGUUGCAGACCCUUAAAAAUCUUCAGUCCAUGUUUUUAAAUAAAUGUCCAGAACUAGAAUCACAUCCAGAUGGCGGUUGGCCUUCCAACCUAAGUUUAUUCUGUGUCACUUUUUGCGACAAACUCAUGCUCGGGAAAGAAUGGGGGCUGCAUGGGCUUGAUCGUCUUAGUCAUUUGGAGAUUGAAGGUAAAUGUGAAAACAUGGAGUCAUUUCCAAAGGAGAAGUUGCUGCCCAGAAAUCUCAAUUCUCUUCGAAUCAGUGGAUUUAUGGAUCUCAAAUAUCUAGACAGCAUGGGGCUUCAACACCUUUCUGCACUUAAAAGACUGGAUAUUAGCUGCUGUGACCAACUCCAGUCCUUGCCAGAAGAUGGUCUUCCAUCCUCCUUAUCUUUUCUUUUCAUCAAGGAGCGCUCUUUGCUGAAAUCCAAACUCCGAAAUAAGAAAGGAAAACAUUGGUCCAAGAUAGCUCAUAUCUCUUGCAUUGAAAUUGAUGAGGAAUUAAUCUCAUGA